UAGCCGACUCGGAAAUUUCGUUUAUUGAAUCCCACUAACGUCCGACGCUCACCCUUAUAUAUGUUCCAUUUCUAGUUUCCUUUUAGUAAUUUUGAAGGGGUUGUGAUGUCGGCCCCAAAAAUCAUCAUACAAAUUCUCGUCACAGGUGCACAAAUUUUCGGAAAGGCACUAUUUGAAGCAGGAAAACAGGCUGCCAAAAAUGCAAGGCACACCCCGCAAGGCGCAAUAGGAUCAGAUAUUGCGGGCGUUCGAAAUGCUACCUCUGGCUCCUUGACAGAUAAACUCACACGAGAUCACCGUAUGACGCUGGACGAGGCCCAUCUCAUUCUGAAUAUAAAGCAAGGAGAAACCCUCGAGAAUGUGUUGAAGAAUUAUGAACAUUUAUUCAAAGUGAAUGGUCCCCGGCCAGCUCCAGACCUACCGACAACUGGCGCAAAAGCAGGAAAACAGCCUGCUCCGCCUACGCACUCUCAUUACAUCCAGUCAAAAGUUGUGCGUGCCCGGGAGCGUAUUGAGGCAGAGAUGCGAGUUAUAGAGGAAGCAGAUUCAAUGCCUCCACCUCCUGGAGCUGCUCCUCCGGGUUCACCACAAGGGAACGCGGGAGGCUCGAGUUGACCUUUUCUGUGAUUGCUUAUAUCCACUUUCAAUAUGUUUCACUGAUUUUAGAUAAACCCAGAGCACAUCCCCAUUCACUCGUCACUUAGCACAUAUAAUGUACACACAAAUAUUACUACCAGAUAUCUCGUCUCGACCUUGAACUGGCUCGUGAGGCAAUGAGUAACACGCUCCAUCCAGCCACAUACCUUCAUGCCUGAGUAUGC